AAUAGCAGUGUACAUUCAUCAUAGAACCUCAGCUCAAGCUCUCCUCGCAACAAAAACUAGCAGCAAAGAUCGAGGCUGCCACCUCCAAUGGCGGAUCGAAGCCAUGCCCAUGCCCUUGCCUUCCUCGUCCUCGCCGUCCUCAUGCCGCAAAUGGCGUCCCCGGGCAAGCUUCCACGCUUCACCAUGGGCCCGAGGACGAAUAAGCAGCUCCGGGACUUCUUCAAGAACCAUGGGUCGGACAUGGCCGACCUCGUCCCGUCGGGCCAGGGCGGCCAUGAGCAGGGUGGAGGCAGCUCCUCCAACGGGCAGAGCCAGCAGGGCGGCGGCGACAGCGGCGGCGGCGGCGGUGGCGGCAACCAGGCCCCGGCCACCAACGCCGGCAUGUACGUCUUCAGCUACGGCAUCGGCACGCCACCGCAGCAAGUCUCCGGCGCGCUCGACAUCUCCAGCGACCUCGUGUGGACCGCGUGCGGCGCCACGGCGCCCUUCAACCCGGUGCGCUCCACCACGGUGGCCGACGUGCCAUGCACGGACGACGCGUGCCAGCAGUUCGCUCCGCAGACGUGCGGCGCCGGCGCCUCCGAGUGCGCCUACACCUACAUGUACGGCGGCGGCGCCGCCAACACCACCGGGCUCCUCGGCACCGAGGCGUUCACGUUCGGCGACACCCGCAUCGACGGCGUGGUCUUCGGGUGCGGACUCAAGAACGUCGGCGACUUCAGCGGCGUGUCCGGCGUGAUCGGCCUCGGCAGGGGCAACCUCUCCCUCGUCUCGCAGCUCCAGGUCGACCGCUUCUCCUACCACUUCGCCCCCGACGACUCCGUCGACACCCAGAGCUUCAUCCUCUUCGGCGACGACGCCACGCCGCAGACCAGCCACACCCUCUCCACCCGGCUCCUCGCCAGCGACGCCAACCCGAGCCUCUACUACGUCGAGCUCGCCGGCAUCCAGGUCGACGGCAAGGACCUCGCCAUCCCGAGCGGGACGUUCGAUCUCCGGAAUAAGGACGGCUCCGGCGGCGUGUUCCUGAGCAUCACCGACCUCGUCACCGUCCUGGAGGAAGCAGCGUACAAGCCUCUGAGGCAGGCGGUGGCGAGCAAGAUAGGGCUGCCCGCCGUCAACGGCUCGGCGCUCGGGCUCGACCUGUGCUACACCGGCGAGUCGCUGGCCAAGGCGAAGGUGCCGUCCAUGGCGCUCGUCUUCGCCGGCGGCGCCGUCAUGGAGCUGGAGUUGGGGAACUACUUCUACAUGGACUCGACCACCGGGCUGGCGUGCCUGACGAUCCUGCCGUCGUCGGCCGGCGACGGGUCGGUCCUCGGCAGCCUGAUCCAGGUAGGCACGCACAUGAUGUACGACAUCAAUGGCUCGAAGCUGGUGUUCGAGUCGUUGGCGCAGGCGGCCGCGCCGCCGCCGUCGGGGUCAUCCCAACAAACUUCGUCGAAGACGAACCAACAAGCGGGCGGGCGGCGCUCGGCGUCUGCCCCGCCACCGCUGAUCUCGCCGGCGGUAUUCGUGAUCCAUUUCAUGUUGGUCGUGGUAUACAUGUUUUUCUGAACUUAUACCUGACCGUUACAUACUCCCUCCGUACCACUUAGUACAGUCUUUAAGACUAUUUCUUGAAUUUAAAAUUUUCAUAUACUAUAAUAUUUUUUAACAAAAUCAUAAGGUGAAAAUAAAUUUAAAUGAUAAUUUAAUGAUAUUAUUAGUAUCAAAUAAAAAUUAAAUUAUAAUAAAUUAUUUAUUGGUCAAAUAUUUAAAGAGUUGAAUUUUAAAAUGUCUACGAGUCUUUAUAACUGAGGCGGAGAGAGUAUGUUAUAACACCGAGGUAAUCUCUGGGAAAUUAUAUAUCCUACUUUAUGUUGCAGACUUGUAGAUUUCACCAAGGUGAUUCAUUUUGUCAUUGUCAAAAAAACUGAUGUAUUCUGAUUGUUUGUUCAAAGUUCUCCAAAUUAGCGUAUGCGUGUUGUAUAUAUAA